AUGUGCGUUGUACAAACACUGUGUUCACCGUGCGGUGGUGGAUUGUUCCAGAACAUUGAAUGCGGCACUUCGUCGGAGAAGUUACGAUUUGUUAAGUUUCACCAUGGAUUCAAUGCCGUUGGAUUAGGCCGCUGUCGUGAAAGCCGGUUGAAACCGAUCACGGCGAAGGAUGGGCGUGAAUCGUCUCUUGCCGGUGACGGCGACGGUAACAGUAACGGUAACGGUAAUGGUCCUCUUAAGUACAAGGGGAUUUCUGUGAAUACACGGAACUGCGUCAAAAAUGAACCUGAUCCAUCUUUCACUAAUCACUAUGCUGGUAAAAAUGUGUGUGGUUUGCCGACAAAUGGGAAUUCGACGAACAUUUUGUGGCAUGAAUGUCCAAUCCAGAAGCUUGAUAGACAGCAAAUACUUCAACAAAAAGGCUGUGUCAUUUGGAUAACUGGUCUCAGUGGUUCAGGAAAAAGUACGAUUGCAUGCGCUUUGAGUAGAAUCUUGCACUCGAGAGGAAAGUUAACUUAUAUCCUUGACGGUGACAAUAUUCGACAUGGUCUAAACCGUGAUCUUAGUUUUAGAGCAGAAGAUCGCUCUGAGAACAUUAGGAGGAUAGGUGAAGUAGCAAAACUCUUGGCAGAUGCCGGAGUUAUUUGCAUUACCAGUUUAAUAUCACCAUACCAAAAGGAUCGGGAUGCUUGCAGGGCUCUACUACCCAGAGGAGAUUUUAUUGAGGUUUUCUUAGAUGUGCCACUAGCUGUGUGUGAAGAAAGAGACCCAAAGGGAUUAUACAAGCUUGCUCGAGCUGGACUGAUCAAAGGUUUCACAGGGAUAGAUGAUCCAUAUGAACCCCCAUGUAGUUGUGAGAUAGUACUGCAGCAGAUAAAAGGAAGUGAUUGUAUGUCUCCAAAUAAUGCAGCCGAAAAAGUAAUAUCCUACAUGGAGAAAAAUGGGUAUUUGCGGGCCUGA